AUGUCGACAUUAGCAUUAUCACCCAGUAAUAAGCGCAAGCGCUCAAUUCCCAAUUCGCCGAGUAAAGAGAAUGAUGAUGUAUCAGAAGUCCAUUCCAAACAUGAAAAGCGGUAUGCUAGUGGGCCAGCUUCUGCAGCAGACCCCUUACUUUCACCAUCGAAAAGACAACUACUUAAGCAAAUGAGUCCAAAUGUUUCAAAAAAGUCCAAAUUGUCGUCAGCAAUAGUUAAACCACCAAAUUAUGUGACUGAGUCUAAAUUCCAAAGACCGCAAUUGCCUGCCUCAUUCAGGCCCCAGUUAGAACAGAGAUCUAAAACCACCUUAUCAUUACCAUCAAGUAAUUUGCCGCCUUCGUUUGGCUUGCGUCGUUCAAACUCGUUACUCAAUAGAUCCAACAGCUCACUAUCUGAUGCACAACAAUCUUCCCUCAACUUGCCCGAUAGGUUCAUACCAUCGCGACAUAAUUCUGUGACUGGUAAGCUUGACUCGAGUACUGCAUCUCCAGCUCCAAAUGCAUCCCCUGAAACACAUAUAAAAGCACAAACUUCCAAAAUCUACCAGCAUCAUGUGGCCAAAGCUUGUGGCCUUGAAGUCAAUUCGAGGAUAUUACUAUAUCAGCCACCACCACCAGAGAGGAAAAAGCCUGUGAAUCUUGCAUCUCAGAUGACUCAAUCAAACAAGCUCAAAAUCGGAAAGCACUCGCUUCCGCCAUCAAUUGCUUCAGCGAGAGCGAAAAAGAUCCCAUCUUCUCCUGAAAGAGUUUUGGAUGCGCCAGGAUUGGUGGAUGAUUUUUACCUAAACUUAUUGGCGUGGUCGCUGUAUAACCUUUUGGCCAUUGGACUUGAAGAUGCUGUCUACGUUUGGAACGCCUCAACAGGUUCAGUGGGACUUUUAUGCGAAUUGCCCAAUAAAGCACUGGUCUCUUCAGUAAAGUGGUCUCAAGAUGGAUCGUACGUUUCUAUUGGUAAAGAUGAUGGGCUUAUUGAAAUCUGGGAUAUUGAGAAAAACGUAAAGUUACGGACAUUAAAUUGCGACAAUCAUUUAACAAGAGUUGCAUCGCAAGCGUGGAACCAGCAUUUGUUGACCAGUGGUAGCAGGAUUGGAAACUUGUACCACUCAGAUGUAAGAGUGUCGUCCCAUUUAAGCGCGAAAGCUGAAAACUGCCAUGAUUCGGAAAUCUGUGGAAUUGAGUAUAAACACGAUGCAAAGCAAUUUGUCACAGGUGGGAAUGAUAAUGUUGUCAACAUCUGGGAUGUGAGAGGUACUACUCCAUUGUUUACCAAAACCAAUCACAAAGCAGCAGUAAAAGCAUUGUCGUGGUGUCCCUAUCAACCAUCUUUAUUGGCCACCGGUGGUGGCUCCAAUGACAAGACGAUUAAUUUUUGGAACACUACAACUGGUGCCAGGGUAAAUACAAUUGAGACGGGGUCGCAAGUGAGUUCUCUAAACUGGGGUUACGCACAUGGCACAGGAAUGGAGAUUGUCGCCACACACGGUUUUCCAACGAAUAGCAUCUCCUUAUUUAAUUACCCCACAUUGCAGAAGACAGGCGAGAUUGUUAAUGCUCAUGACACGAGGAUCUUGAAUGGUUGCUUGAGCCCGGAUAACCUUACACUUGCAACAGUUGCUGGUGAUGAAAAUCUAAAGUUUUGGUCUUUGUUUGAUAUGAACAAAUCAGCAAAGCGGUUGCAUGAUGAUGAAUUAAAUGGCCCCAAGGACGAACCAAGGAUGAAAAAGAUGAUGAACCUUCGUUAG